AUGAGGCUUUCCGUAUCACCGAAUGUUAAACAUUAUUUUUGGUUUCAUUUUUCCUGGGAAUUGUGGAAUGAGUUGCUAUUCGGCAAUAUCGAAACUGCUUUGGACAGAGACGUUUCAGGCACAAAAAGUGGUAUGAGAUCUCAAACUACGAAGUUUGAAAAGUUUCCAUACACAUACUCGAAUGAGUUCAGAUGCGGGUUACGCAUCGCUAUAAAAUAA